UGCGGCCGCCUGGUCUUUCUCCCCGAUGACUGCAGUAAAGAUUUGCUCGCUCAGGUUAUAUUUGCUUACUUUCCCCCCAACAAUAUGGAUCAUCAUAUUAUAUCUCGUACUGGUAGCGAGCAUGCGAGCGCUAAAGCAGAAGAGCUGAAGUGUUGCGCGAAAUGUCGCCUUCUUUAUCUACUAUCUUAGUUCCUGACCUUGAACCUUCUUAUACUCUCGGCUCCAUCCUUCAACGCCACUUUUCUUCUUCGGUGCAAGUCAAAGGAGUCUAUCCGCUCAAGGGCCAUCUACAUUCAAUAAGUCGUCUCGUGCUAUCGAAUGGGGUCCAACUGCUUCUGAAGUGUUCUCCAGGGUCGACAACACCUCUCUUACGACGAGAACAGCUUCUACUUGAGACUGAAGCCCGUGCUCACUCCAUCCUGGUUCAACAAGACACUCCAUAUAUCCCAUCUUUUCUGCAUUAUGGUCUCCAUGGGGGACCGUUGGGCUCUGCCUUCUUAGUAAGACACUAUAUCAACGGGGCGACACUGCAGGAGCUGGAAGCCGCGCUUACCAUGCAAGAGCGGGAUGAUCUCAACCGGGCCUUGGGGUCAUUAGCUCGUGAGAUCGGACAGAAUUUCUCCAGCUCCUUUGGCUCACUAGACCAGGUAGCCUGUGGAUCAGGGAAGCAGUCCUGGCGAGAAGCGUUCGUGACACUUCUAGAAGGCAUUCUUCGGGACUCUGAAGAUGCCUUUGUUCAUCUUCCAUAUGCGGAGAUUCGAAACCAAGUUCGUCGGCUGUCCCCUGCACUCGAGGAAAUCACGUCACCGCAACUAGUGAUUGUUGGACUAGGCCGACCGUCGCAGGUGGUGCUGAAUCCGGGGUCGAAGAAGCUUGCAGGACUUCUAGGGCUCGAGAAUACUCUCUGGGGCGAUGUGCAUAUGGCGGAGAUCUUUGAGGCGCCGUCUCCCGCUGUGUGGGAGGGCUUUGGUACUCGACUGAAGGCAAAUAAGGCCCAGGUGGCCCGUCAAUUACUGUAUGCCUGCUAUCGUGCUGUGCACCAGGUUACGAUACACUACUACCGCUAUCAGGGAAUGGCCGCCGAGAUCGAUGCUAGGAGACGGCUAACGUCGAUAUUAGCUGAAAUGGCCUCGGUAGACGGAAUUUGCACGUUAUGUUAACUUGCGAUAUUCAGGGACAUUGAUGUAUCCUGGAAGAUUAUAUAGAUGGAUCUGAGACACACAUUAGUUGGCUCGAUCGGCCGGGCCGAUCUGCAGCCAGACUUUUGGGAGUCUCAAGAAUGGGAAAGGUCCCUAGUGCUACAUAGCAGUGUUCGAUUAUAUGCCUACACGAUGAUUACGACUUUGAUCGGUUGCGGAGAAAUCAUAUGAAAAUCAAAGCCAAUAGUCCAAUGCAAGAUUCGGUCAUAUCGGCAUGGAAGCUGUCUUGGCGAUGAUUUGUUGCUGCCUACGAAGUUUGGCGAAGUCCUCGUUUGGAAGUUGAUUUCCACCCAGAUGAGAGAUUUGGUUCCUGAAAAAAUACGAACUCAUUCUGUGCUGGAACCAAUACGAAGAGCCCUGUUG